UCUCACACACACACACUUAGAAGCAGAAAUCUGAAAUUACACAACAUAGUGUGUGUGUGUGCAUGAUGUGCGACAAGAAUAGUCCUCCUCCAACUGCAAAAACAAACUCUAUUAUGAAGAAGAAGAAUAAGAAGACACAAAAAAGGACUAAAGAGUCUUCUUCUUCAACUUCUUCUUCUUCCACAUCAUCUUCUCUUAAACCACAUCGACGCAGAAACAGAACAAAAACGAGAAAACCCAAGUUCCUUAGUCUUCGUCUUCAACUAUCUCAAAACGAGAACAAACCCAAGAAAAUGACUCAUCAACAACACCAACAACCCAAAACAGAGCAACAACAACAACCACAGUUGAACCUCUUCCCUCUUCACCCUGAAAACAUGGUUGAGGACAAGGACAUGCACGAAGAGAACAACGUGGCUUUGCUCUUCAGCUCCGACGGCGGCGCCACCCUCAACGGCUUGCUCGAAGAUGAAUCAACCACCACAACCACGGCCACCACGACGUCGGAGGAGGGAUCCUUCUCGCCGCUGACGUGUCCGUCGUUGAACGGCGGCGACAAUGGAAGCUGGCUGGUGAGGAAGGCGAUGAGGAGGAGGAGCAUAGAGAGGGAUAAUGAGGGGAGUGAAGAGAGGUGGGUGUGUUACUCGGAGGUGGUGGAGAAAAAGGAGCUCAUGGAGGAAGUGACCAGUUAUUGCGGCGGCGCCACCAUGGUGACCGCCACGGAGGACCCGUUGUUUUGUGUUGGUGGUGGGAAAGGGAUGACGACGUCGUUUGGGUUAUUGUCAUUGAAGCUGGAUCACGAGGAGAUAUUGAAUGCUUGGUCGGACAAAGGUUCUCUUUACGUCGCAGAGGAGGAGGCCCCACAAACUGUCCCUGAUUUGCUCAAUGGUGUCCUUCUUCCCAAUGUUGCAUGGGACAGUUGGGGGAGUGACGUUGUUGGGAACACAUGGAAAGUUCCUGAAGAUUGUGGAGCUAACAAGAUGGAAAUGAAGGAACAAAUGGGUUGGAAACUGGGGCAGAGAGAAGCAAGUGUUCUAAGAUAUAAGGAGAAGAGGCAAAACAGGCUUUUCUCUAAGAGGAUCCGUUAUGAAGUUCGCAAACUGAAUGCUGAGAAACGGCCCAGGAUGAAGGGACGAUUUGUGAAGAGGGAAUGAGAAGUGUAGACUGUGGCAGGCAUUGUUCGUAAUAAGAAUGUUGUCAAUAAUAGAAUUUUUCGUGCCUUUCUGUUUUUGGUAGAGUUGGGGUGCUUUCUUGGUAGAAAUGUUGUAGAUAUAAUUGUGCCAUUUAAAGUCUCAUUGGUACUACUUUGAAGUCCUGGGAAAUUCAAUGUUCAACUUCUGUACUAGCGCGACAUGUAAGUGGCAGUUUCUAAACCUUAGAUUGAAUGAGAUUGACAAUGUUUUACAUCUGUUUGAUCCCAAUCCAAGGGAUUAGAAACUGUUGAACAUGUUGUACAAGUACAAUCAAAUGUAUUGGUUGCUCUGUACAAGAAUGAAGUCUCACAAUAAAAAAGUUUUGGAACUUCAAGCUCAGCUUAUAGGAACUUUGUCCAAAG